AGCUCCCGAGAAGGAAGUGAAAAACUAUGGCCGCCAUUUGUGUUUGCUGGAAGUGUCCCGUGGUGUUCGAUUUAUAAUUGCAAUUUCCAGCAAGUAAUCGUGCCCGAAUCGGACCAAUUUUGCCGUCAAACGUAAGUAUAGUAGGUUCUUGAUCGAUGGGUGAUAUUUUUCGCUGAAAAUGGUUCGAACUACACGCACAUCGGCAGCGGUGAAAAGUUCCACCAAAGCUCGGUCUUCAGUGAGCUGCAGCAGCAGCGGAAGCGGCGAGGGGGAUAACAAAGGUGAGGCUUCGCCACCCGCACAGACGGAAACACCUCUUACAACGGAUAAGAAAGGAGAUAGCAAGGGUACAUUUUGUUUGGGGGGAAUUAAUUUGACGAAUUUGCGAGCAUCGGUGGUGCUGCAGAAACUGCAUAUGGACCAGGUUAAUCCAGAGCCUUCGGCCGUAAAAGAAUCAGCAUCAGCAGUGGCAACACCAGCACGGAAAGUUGCUCGGGCAAGAAGCAAAUCCGUAGGACCAACAAGGUCGUCUAGAAGAAGUCAGCAGAGGGUUCGGACGACGACCGUUGUUGAGAAGGCAGAUUCUAAUGACGAGGGGUUGGUUGAGCUGAUAGAGAUAAUCGAUGAGGAUUCCAAAUCGCACGAAGGUUGCAGUUUCAUUUCGACGGAAGCAUCGUACUCGAUGAAGCCUGAUGGGGAUUCUAAUGAACCGAAACGCAGUGAAAUUGUGAAUGACAAUGUUUCGACUGAUAAGGGAUCCAAGGAGCUAGGUCACAUGCAGGUUGAGACCGAAAAGAAAUAUGACGAUGAUGAUGCUUCCAGUUCAGGUAGCAGUGGUUUUCCGGCUCAUCAGGAAGCGGAGGGUGAAAGUAGUUCGAAAACAGAAGUGGUUGGUACUCGCAAAUCCAAACGACAGGUCAAGGUGACGAACAAAUAUCGGGAUUUUGUCGUGGACGCUCCCUUGCCGUCAUCCCAGGUACCGUACGCAGAUGUUAAACUGGCGCGGAGCAAUCCCGGCGGUCGGAAAAGUCACCCAAAAGAGUCAGAAAUGCUUUCAUCGUCCGAUGAUUUGUCUCCCGAUUCACCGCCGAUGCUGCUUCAUCCACCGGUCAGGACGUAUGCUGGUAAGAGGGAGGAGAAGCCCAGGAAAAGACCUACGCGUGCCUGUACACCACUACCGCGGGAAGGCCGUCCACGGAAGAAAAAGGAACAAAAAUCCGUGGCACACAGACGCUCUACAGAAUGGGCGGAUGAAAGUAUAACGCUCACGGAACCAGAAGAUCGAAACGAUUCCACCUUAACAUUCAACAUCGAUAGUAGUUAUUUUACGGACGAUGAGAUGUUCGGUUUCGACAGCCCGUCGCCGGAGGAGUUUUGCGGUUGGCCAGAAGAGGAAUUCACCAAUAUCGGGGCAGGCCCGUCAUGUUCGUCGUUGUCCUCCUUGAUGUCGUUCAGUUCGAUUCUGCCUAUGCAAGUCCCAGAGGAGGACACUUCACGGGUGGAAGAAAAGUCCGAGGUAGUGGUGGCUGGUAAGAAACGGCGGGGAAGACCGGCAAAAUCAACUAUUCUGCAACCGGCAAUUCCGACAGAAGAGGAACCAGUGCGUCCGGCUGGAUCGAUGUUCAUCAAGAGGUCGUACAAAACAACAAGAAGCAAUGCGGGAACUUCCACUUCAGUGACAUCGAAUGAGUCUGGUUCUCCAGAACUGAAACCUGGGGAAAUUCCGGAGGAAAAGACGUCGGAAAUUCCGGAGGUAAAGCCGUCGGAAGUUCCGGGGGUAAAACCUUCGAAAGUUCCGGAAGUAAACCCUUCGGAAGUUCCGGCAAAAAAACCAGAACCAGUUGAGAAAAAACAAACGGUAGUUGAAGCACAGCCUGAAUCGAUGGAAACCACCGUGAACACGCUCGAAAACGAAGACGGUCUAGAUGACGCUAUCGAAAUAGUCCUCCAAGCGGACGAGAUUAUUAACAAUGACGAAGAAAUGGCUACACCGGUGCUUUCGGCUACUCCGAAACCAUUUAGGAGACGAAGAAUUCGUGGUGGUACGCGGCCUUCCCCAGCGGAUGGGCCGCGAAGAGGACGAAGUCGAAGAGAUACAGAACCGAGCUUGGAGGAGGAUACGAUUGAGGUGAUCAAAUGCGUGGAGAAAAAAGAAGAAAAAGACGUGGAGGAGCAGAAAGUUGAGGUACCUGCUCCGGGAGAAACGGUUAAGGAGAUUUUACCGGUUCCCAUGGAGGCAGACACUGCGGUGGAACCUGUCGUGCUUGAACUUCCAAAGACGGUAGAAAUCAAACAGGAAGAGAUUGUCGAACAAAUUGUUCCUGAGAAGAAAGAGGAACGGGAACAGCCGGUGUUUGUUAAGGCAGGAGAACCCGAGAUUGAUUCCGACAAAACUCCCAAGAAGUCAACAUCCAGGGAUACGAGGUGGAAAUCGAUUUCGGAACGUCGCAAGUCCAUAUCCAGCAGCCGAAAGUCUAAGGCGGAUGUUACUGAAAAGGUGGUAAAGGAACCGGAGACUCCAAAGGAGGUAGUAGAACCUUCCAUUGUCACAGUAAAAGUCGAACCAGUCGUUCCCGAAACGAAGGAUAUAGUUGCGAAAGAACCGGAGAAGGACAAGAUUGCAGAGGAAGCUCCUGCAGAGAUCAAGAAAGAACUUCCGUUGGCAGAGUCAAAACCACCUCAACUGGACGUAGCACCAAAAACGCCAAAGGAACCUAAGAAAUCGUCGAAAGAGAACCGAGAAUCCAGGAAGGAUUCGAAGAAAUCUAAGGACCGCGAACGGGAGCCUUCGUCCAAGGAUCGCCGGGAUCGUGAGCCUUCGAGAAAUCGCUCCAGUGGUAGCAGUAAGGAUCGGGACAAAGACAAGGACAAGGAUCGUAAGCGAGCGUCCGAAAGUGGCAAAAAAGAACGCCGAUCCGAGUCCGAAAGGAAACCGGAUCCGGACAAGAAGCGCAUAUCGGAAAUCUCUGAGAAAAAGCCGGACCCGGACAAGAAGCGGCUGCCGGAAGUAUCUGAGAAAAAGCCGGACCCGGAUAAGAAACGCUUGUCGGAAGUGGCCGAAAAGAAAUCGACGGAGUCGGAAAAGAAACCGACGGAGUCGGAAAAGAAGGAAGAUGUGACCAAACCGUCCACACCGGUGCCGAAGGUUGCCGAUAAACCAAAAAAGUGCUUCGAUAGUGAGCUGAAGGCAUUAGAUUCGACGUCGAAGCAAAAACCGGUGGAGGAGAUAAAGCGGUCGUCCAAGGAUCAUGAAAAGUCACGUAAAUCCGAUAAGAAUUCUAAAAUUCGGAGCGAAUCGGAAGGCAAAAAGAAGAGUAGUUCUUCCACUGGCCAGUCCAAGGUGAAGGAACCGAAAGAAAAGAGCCGUUCGACGAACUGUUCCCCCGUUCCGAGCAAGGUUGGUUCGUCGAGCGCAAAGAAAUCCAAGGAGUCAUCCUAUAAAAGAGAUUCGUCCGGUAGUUCGAAGGCAAGGAAGAGCUUGAAGGACGAAAAACCCAAGGAAGAAGCUUCGAAAAAGGAUAAAUCCAAAGACAAACCGGUGGAAGCUCCUCCUCUGGUGGACAUGAAACCUCCGGAGGUACAACAACCGAAACCGACAGAAGUUCCAGUGAAGGAAGAACCGGACACCAAACCUGCCAUAAAGGAAGAACUUCCACCUCCGGAACUGCCACGAAUCGUCACCAAAGCUUCGCGGAAGAUGUACCAAAACGACGAAGAAAUUCAAAUAACCAGUUCCUCUCAGGAAUCGCUCGUUUCAGACCAGGUGGCGGUGGUCCCGAAAGAGGAAACAAACGUUGAAGAAGAUGAAGAAGCAGUCCGACAAAUAUCGGAAGCGUUCGACGCCAGCGUACAGAUUUCCGGUCCCCGACCAGAAGAUGCCCUGAAAGAGUUCCAAAACAUCUCAAUCUCCGACGAGAAGCCUGCCGAAGAAGUUCCAAAGGUGGAGGAAGAACUAGCGAUUUUGGUGGUGGAAGCACCAGCUUCUCCGCCAGCGGCGCAGGAACUCUCGAACGACGAUUCCAACUCCAACAACAGUUCCACGAUGGACAGCAUGAAGGAGGUGAAAGCGGAACAACAGGACGACGGAAGCAUCCGUAGGUCGUCCCGUAUCAAAACGAUCAGUUCCCAGAAACAGCGGACCAGUGGUCAUGGGCUGGUCAAAGACAAAGACAAGCUCUAUAAGAAGACCACAAUUUCAAUGGGAAUCGAUUCAAAGGUUCUGAAGGAUGCCAUCACGGGGAACUUCAAUGUCGUUUCUAUAACUGACAGUUCUGGAAUGGAGCAGCAGCCGCCAACCGAACUGGAUCCAUCGGUGACGAACAUAGAACUAUCGGAGGAAUAUCUCCGAGACAUGGAGGACAAGCUGAGUCGAUUCGAGACGAUCCGGGAGAAUAUGUACCACUGCGAUAAGGUGAUCAGUAAGGAGGCGAAGAAGAUGACUUGCGAUUGCUUCCUGACUACGGAGGAGAUCGAUCGAGGAGAACUCGGUUGCGGCGAGGACUGUCUAAACAAGCUGCUGAUGAUCGAAUGCGGUUCGCGAUGUAUCGUUGGAGAGCGCUGCACAAACAAGCGCUUCCAAAAGCUGGAAUAUGCAAACUGCCAGGUCUUCCGGACGGAGAAGAAGGGCUUCGGUAUUCAAGCCAGUACCGAGAUUGUCCCUGGGGAUUUUAUCAUGGAGUAUGUGGGAGAGGUGCUAAACAGCGAGCAGUUCGAUGAACGAGCUGAGUUGUACUCCAAGGAGAAGAACCAACACUACUACUUCAUGGCAUUGAGGAGCGAUGCCAUUAUCGAUGCGACCACACAGGGAAACAUUUCCCGUUUCAUAAACCAUUCGUGCGACCCGAAUGCCGAGACGCAAAAGUGGACCGUAAACGGCGAGCUUCGCAUUGGAUUCUUCUGCACCAAGUACGUUAUGCCGGGAGAGGAGAUCACCUUCGAUUAUCAGUUCCAACGGUACGGUCGAAGGGCUCAGAAGUGCUACUGCGAAGCGGAAAACUGCACCGGCUGGAUCGGUGGAGACCCGGGCAGCGACGGCGAAUCGGAAUACGAAGACGAAGAGGAAGUUGAAGAAAGCGGAGACGAAGAAGAAGUGCAACCGGAAGUCGCUCAAGUUAUCCCAGUAGCACUUGAAGCAACGGAAGAUGCGGUCAAAUCUGAAGAGUUGAAAUCGCUAGACGAGGAGACUAAGCCACAAGUGGAAGGAGAACCAGACGCUCCAAAACCGGUUGCGAUAGAACCGGCUAUUGUGAAACCACCGGAACCGAAGGUGCCCAAGAAGGUUCGCAAACGCAUUGAACGUCCAAACAAACGACGACCGCAAAUUCACGAAGAUCCUGAUCUGGAGCAGGAGAUCAAUCAUCUUCUCAAGACCGGUCUAAAGAACCAAGCCCAAACGUUGAAACUGUCUCGACUGAUGGUCCGCGCCAAGGACAUCAAAUCCAGAAGCCGAUUGCUGACGAUCCUCCAGAGCGGAGAACUUCCCUGUCGACGACUAUUCCUGGACUACCAUGGUCUCCAACUACUCUACGGAUGGAUCUGCGAAUCGACUGAAUCCAUCGAAGAUCUCAAAUUCCGCAUUCAGAUCCUGGACACCAUGGAUCGUUUACCCAUUCCAAACAAAACCAUGCUGAAGGACAGCAAGAUCAUGCAGACGAUCGAAAAGUGGGCCAAAAUCGAAAAAUUCAAGGAAAAGGAAAAAGAACCGGAGAAAGAGAAAGAAUCCAGUAGUAGCUCACCGAGUGACAGCAAUGAAACGGCAAGCGAUAGCAACACCAGUUCCGAUGCCAAGAAGCAGGAAGUCGUCGGAAGCGCAGAAGUAUUGAAAAACAUGCCUGAACUACUCAAGAUAGCCGACCUCGGUAGAUUGAAGGAGAUUAUCAGCAACACCUGCUCGGAGAAGGAAGGAUCUGAAAAAGGACAGGAGAAGCCAAUCGCCGCCGCCAUCCCAGAAAUCAUUCCAUCGGCAGUCAGCUUGAUCGGUGCAAUUGAAAUCCCCGAACCGGAAGACGAAAAUGCUCCCGAAGAAAAACGUCUCGGAACCCAGAUCCGCAUCCUCUCUUGCAAGCUGCUCAUCAGCUGGAUCAAUCUCAAGGAGGUUUUCCGAAUUCCGAAAAAGGAACGAAUUGAACAGAUGAAGGAACACGAACGGGAAGCCGAUCUGCGCUACAAAGCUCUCGGGCUCGGUGAUGACGACGAAUCCUUCAAACGUCACUCGACCAGUCGAUUCCUGGAUCGUUCCCGUGAACUCAAACGUCGCAAGUCGGUAGACGAUCGGGAACUUCUGAACUUCUACAAAAUGAAACGACCACUCAGCACUGCCAGUCCUAUGCAUAAAAUGGACAACCUCUCGAAGCAACAGCGUCGCCAGAUGUUCGAAAUGAAAGUCGCCCACGAAGAAGCCGAGCGACGAAACAAGGAACUUUGGAUGCAGCAUGAAAGCAACUGCGGUAAAUUUGGCCUCAAUCCGCACCAUACCAAUCCGAUGGACGUGCCAGUUAAGAUGAAUCCCGCCACCGGAGAGUACUUUGCCGUCGAUGAUCGACCGCUGCCGAGGCCACCCAGUCACAUGUACUUCAAAGUGAUGCCACCUCCGAUGCCGACCAAUCCAGAGGAUUACGAAUUGCCACCGAUGGAUUUACCUCCGCUGUGGAAGUUUGCCAUCGACGAGCGGGGACGGUUAUACUACUAUCACGUCAAAGAACGCGUCCCGCAGUGGGAUCCUCCGAAGAAGAAUAAUCCCAACAGACCCAGCCAGGGACUGCGCGAUGAAGACAUCUCGAUGAGCUCGGAUUCAAGCACAACCGACACGGAAGACUCGGAAGAGGAGUAUCUGAACGCGCAGCUGGAGCAGUUGCUCAAGAAGAAAAAGAAGCAGCAGUCCAGUUUCAAUUUAGACGAUGUCCUCGCCAAGCCGGACGACAUGAACGAUGAUCUAUCCAAGACGAUCAAAGAUCUGGAAGCCGGUGACUCAUCUCCACAGGCCAGCAGCAGCGGCGAAAAAUUAUUCGGUGGAGAAUCGUUCGAAAAAACAGCCGAAGAAUUGCUUCAACAUCGCAAGCGGAAGCACAGCAACAGGCUGGUGCAGGAGAAAGUCAUAAGCCCCCGUACGGAGGAGGACAAACUGUACGGUCAGAUGGAGAUGAAGCGGUACAAGGAAACCAAAGAGAAGCUCCGCCGGCGGAAGGAGGAAGCCAAACGGCUACGGGCUCGAAGCAUGCUUGAUAAAUCGCUUUCCGAUAGUCCAUUCAGUGGGUCGUUCACCGGGGAUGCCCUGGAUCGAAGUGCCACGGAAAGUUCCCUCAUCGACGAUGACCUGGUGGUUUCGCAUAAAAUCGUUGACGAUAAGUGCAUCGUAGAUGAGUUGGACAUUCUCACUAAGAAGAAGAAAAUUUCCCCCUACGAAGAAUGGCAAAAGGUCAAACAACGGUUGGGAAAGAAGCGUGCCGCAAAGCAGGGUGAAAGUUCGACCUUCGCUGGUUCCUCAUCGGUCGCAACUUCCUCGUCGCUGGGUUCGUCAAAGAUUGGUAAACGCAAGAAGGCCGAUAAGCCUGAUCUCAGCAGCGACGAGGCCCGUAAGAUAAAGGAGAAAUUCCGUGGAGAAAUAGCCGGCGUGAUUGUACAGCAUUUGAGUGCUUAUCGGAAGGAUUCCUGCCAGACCGGUAGGAUCACUAAUACGGAGGAUUUCAAGCAUUUGGCUAGAAAGCUCACCCACUUUGUCCUGCUGAAGGAGCUCAAGCACUGUGACAACACCAUCAACGAACUGGAAGUGACGGAUUCCGUGCGAACCAAGGCGCGGGAAUUCAUCAAAAAAUACAUGGCCAAGCACGGCACGAUGUACGUUCGGGGCGAGAAUGAACCCGACUACGCCAACGUCAAUCUCUGAGACGAGGCCAAGGGAAGAGCGGAGAAAGCUCCGCCGGCUUCCCAACAGUAGAUAACCAACUACCAGUAAGGUUGGAUAUUUUAAUGUCUCUAUAGCACGAUAGUUGAUACAAUUUAGGAUCGGAUAGGUUUUGUGUCUAAAUUAUACAGAUUUAUGUUAGUGUGUGAAUAAUGUAUUCAUAGUGAAUAUUAAACUUGAACUCUAGCGAAGCAAUGGAUUUCGAUAGUCAAUUGCAGUCAUAUUGAAAUAGUUCUAUGAAAUAAAUUAUAGACCAUA